AUGGGGUCUGUACAGCAAGAGUCGCAUUUUAAGAAACUUCAACACUUCAAGGCAAACUACGCCGAUGCGAGCUUCACUCAAUAUGAGUCUCAGCGAACAGGCCUUCGAAUCGUAGUCGUCGACCGCAAGGGCCCCAAGGUUUACGGAAACUUUGCAGUAGCCACUGAGAUCCACGAUGAUUCAGGUUCACCGCAUACCCUCGAGCACCUCUGCUUCAUGGGUUCGCGCAAAUACCCUUUCAAGGGCGUACUGGACAAGAUUGCCACCCGAUCAUACUCAGACACUAACGCAUGGACCGAUGUUUCCGAGACUGUGUAUACUCUUUCCACUGCUGGUUGGGAAGGCUUUGCACAGCUACUGCCAAUCUACCUAGACCAUCUUAUCGUGCCUACACUUACAGAUGCUGGUUGCUACACAGAGGUUCAUCACGUCGAUGGAAAGGGAGAGGACUCAGGGGUCGUCUACGCAGAGAUGCAAGCAAGACAGAACCUGCAGGGCGACUUGAUGGAUCUUCAAAUGCGUCGUCUUCUCUACCCUGAAGGCGAUGGUUUCCGCAUGGAGACUGGCGGCCUGAUGGAAAACCUACGAGUUCUGACUGCAGAACGUAUUCGACAGUUCCAUCGAGACAUGUACCAGCCCAAGAAUCUACGAGUAAUAUUGAUUGGUGAGGUCGACCAUGCAAAUCUACUAGAAAUCAUGGACAGGUUUGAAGAUCAGAUCAUCGAUAGAGUGCCCGCCUACGACGCACCGUUUAAGCGCCCUUGGGUAGAGUCAAAGCGCACUCCCCCUUUGAGCAAGACUAUAGUGGACACCGUGGAGUUCCCAGAAGAAGAUGAGUCAAUGGGAGAGAUUCAAAUAGCAUUCCUGGGCCCAGAAACCAUCGACGACCUAGGCGAGACGGCCAUCAACACGCUACUCAACUAUCUCGCUGGUUCUUCUGUAUCGGUCCUCGUAAACACCCUUGUCGAAAAGGAACACCUCGCAAGUAUGGUCUACUACUGGUGCAAGGGUCACACUGACAUGAUCAUCUGGUGGACGUUGUCUUCUGUAGAGACGGACAAGCUUGUGGAUGCCGAGAAGCGUUUCUUCGAGAUACUCAAAGAACAUGCUUCCAAACCACUCGAUAUGAGUUACUUGAAGGACUGUCUUCACCGAUUCAAGCGUCAAACACGAUACAUGUCGGAGAUCGGUAUGGAUGAGUACAAAGACCCAAUCAUCAAAGACCAUGUCUUUGGUGACCGAAACGGAGUUCAUCUAAAAGAUGCAAUGGAAACUCUUGACGUCUUUGACACACUGGAAAAGUGGACCGAAGAGGAAUGGCGAGCGUACCUGAACAAGUGGAUGGUUGAUGCCCAUCAUGUCUCCAUUCUCGGAAAGCCUUCUAAAGCUCUUUCGGAAAAGAUCAAGGAAGAGGAAGUCGCCCGUGUCAAGGCACAGCAGGAAAAGCUAGGUGAAGAGGGGCUGAAGAAACUGGCAGAGAAGCUCAAGGAAGCACAAGAAGAAAAUGACAAGCCUAUCCCAGAGGAAAUUAUUGCAGCUGUAAAGGUUCCAAGUACCGAGUCCAUCCACUUCUUCCAGACUACAACAGCGCGGGCCGGACUGGCAAAGAAAUUGGGCACAUCAGAGAACAACGUCCAAAAGAUAGUCGACAAGGAUGCGAACGGUCUUCCCCUCUUCAUUCAUUUCGAACAUAUACCGACAUCGUUCGUACACUUUGGUAUGGUGUUAGGAACUGCUACGUUACCCACAGAGCUCAAGCCUUUGCUCGGUGUCUAUCUUACCAAUUUCUUUGCCACACCAAUCGUAAAAGAUGGCAAACGCAUUGAGUUUGAGGAGGUCAUAACCAAGCUCGAGCAGGAUACCAUCGAGUACUCCGUGGAUCGCGGCAGCGACAUUGGAAGUUCCGAGAUGAUAUACAUGCCUUUCGUCGCAGAAGCUGACAAGUUCCAGACGGUCGUCUUAUGGUUGAGGACGAUGCUCGUAGAUUCAGUGUUCGAUACCGGACGUAUCAUCUCAGCGGUCAAGAAGAUGUUGGCAGACGUUCCAGACGAGAAGCGUGAUGGAGACGCCAUGGUGUUUGCAGUGGAUCGCAUGGUUCACUAUGAUGCUGCAUCUGCCGUCCGCGCGACCGGCACGCUCGUCAAGGGCCGCUACCUAAAGCGAAUUCUCAAGCUACUCAAGACGGAGCCUCAACAGGUUCUCGACAAACUUGAAGCUCUACGCAAGCAUCUUCUGACCUUCUCCAAUAUGCGUAUACUCGUCAUCGCAGAUUUGGAAACCCUUCCUAACCCAGUAUCUACCUUCAAGCAUCUCACGGACACUUUCAAGCCAGGCCCAGAGCCGACUAUAAACCCAAUCGACGAUCGAAAUCUUCUGCUCUCAGAAGCUGGUCGCAACCCGGGCGGCACACACUACAUCAUCCCCAUGCCCAUCGACUCUUCCUUUGCCGUCCUCACAUCAAAGGGUCCAAAGGGCUACAGCCACCCCCAGCUCCCUGCCCUCAUGGUCGCUCUCGCCUAUCUCGACGCCGUCGAAGGCCCCAUGUGGCAGUCAAUCCGUGGCACCGGUCUCGCAUACGGUAGCAACUUCGCCCGCGACCCCGAAACCGGACUUGUCAAAUUCCGCAUUGCAAAGUCCCCCAAUAUCUUCGGUGCUUAUAACAAGGCCAAGGAAGUCGUCAAGGAAUACGGCGACGGAACCCAGAAAUUCGACAAGUUGGCGCUUGAAGGCGCCAUCUCGACAAUCGUGCGUGACUUUGUCGAUGAACGCGCUACCGUCGUGGAUGCGGCGAGGAGCUCCUUUGUCGAUCUUGUUACGAGGGGCGUCGGAAAGGAGUGGCAAGAAUGGGCCCUUAGGGAGGUGCGCAAAGUGACGGACGAGGACGUAAAGAACAUACUGAAUGACGUCGUGGCUCCGUUGUUUGUGCCCGAGAAGUCGGAUUUGGUCAUCACCUGUGGUGGUAUCAUGACUGAUGGUCUCAAGAAAGACUUGGAAGACGCGGGCUUCAAGGUGCAGGUCAAGCAACUCGCCGACUUCCAAGACACAUACGGUCUCGAAGGCGAUGAUGACGAUGAUGACGACGACGAAGACGAUGAAGACAUGUCUGAGAGCGAGGAAGACUGUGACAGCGAGAGCGAGUCUGAAAUGAGAGAGUAA